CCUCCCCCUCCCCCGACCAACAUGGCUGCGAAAUCCGACGGUGCAGCCGUCUCUCCGCGAAACCAAAUCCCGGCCGACUCCCCGUCCAGGCCCGCGCAUCGGCGGUACUCCCCGGCGGACUGCUGCUGGUCGCUGGGCGCCCUUUUGGUCUUCUUCUGGGACGGGGCCUCGGACCUGUGGCUGGCCGCCGACUACUACCUCCGGGGGGAGUACUGGUGCUUCGCGCCCACUCUGGUCUUUGUGAUCGUCCCCUCCGUGGUGGUGCAGGUGUUGAGCUUCCGAUGGUUCGCCUACGAUUUCUCCGACAUGCCGGAGAGCGGCACGGCCGCGGCCGCUGCGGUGGCGGCGUCGUCCGCGGCGGAGGGCGGCGAUUGGGACGCCAAGGACGGCGGCGGAGGGGAGCGGGGCGCUGGCCGUGCAGCCGGGGCCGGGGGACGAGCCCGGGGAUGCUGCAGAGUGUUCGUGUGGCUCUUCCAGGCCGUCGUCCACACCCUCCAACUGGCGCAAGUGUGGAGGUACGUCCGAGCGCUGUACCUGGGCGUGCAGAGCCGCUGGCACGGUGAGCCUGAGCGGCGCCACUACUACUGGCGCAUGAUGUUUGAGAGCGCCGACAUCAGCAUCCUGCGCCUGCUGGAGUCCUUCCUGAAGAGCGCCCCCCAGCUGGUGCUGCAGCUCUCCAUCGUGAUCGGCGCCGGUCGCGUGCUUCCUCUUCAGGGCCUUUCGGCGUCGGCCUCGCUGAUCUCUCUGGCCUGGAUGGUGGCCUCCUACCAGAAAGUCCUGCGGGACUCCAGAGACGACAAGCUCCCCAUGAGCUACAAGGCGGUGACGGUUCAGAUCCUGUGGCACCUCUUCACCAUCGGGGCCCGCGUCCUGGCCUUCGCCCUCUUCGCGUCGGUCUUCCAGUUGUACUUCAGCAUCUUCGUCGUGGCCCACUGGUGCGUCAUGACCUUUUGGAUCAUCCAAGGCGAGACGGACUUCUGCGUGUCCAAGUGGGAGGAGAUCAUCUACAACAUGAUGGUGGGCGUGGUCUACGUCUUCUGCUGGUUCAACGUGAAGGAGGGCCGCGCUCGCUACAGGAUGCUGGCCUACAGCCUGACGGUGCUGGUCGAGAACGUGGCCCUCACCGCCGCCUGGUACCUGCACCGGGGGCCCCGGAACUCGGACUUCUACGCCGUCGUCGUGGUGUGCGCCGUGGCCAGCGGCUACGCUCUGGGCACCUUUUUCAUGUUCGUUUAUUACUGCCUGCUGCACCCCGACGGCCCGGCGCCGGGCUGGGGCCGCGUGGCGGAGAAGCGGCCGGCGUCCCCGGCCUCCGGCCCGCCCCCCGACGUGGUGAGCAGCCCGCCCAGGACCCUGCAGAGAACGAAAGACCGAGAGCAGGGCCCCGGGGCGGACGGGGACGUGUUCCAGGUGCGACCGUCCCGGGGGGGCGCUCGGGCGCCGCUUCCCCACCCCGCGCCCAGGACAGAGGGGCUGGUCAUCCGGAUAGACCUGCCCAGGAAGAGUUACCCCGCCUGGGACGCUCACUACGUCGACCGGAGGCUGCGUAAAACCAUCCUGGUGCUGGAAAGCGCCGCUCCGGUGGCGCCGCGGAUUCAGUACCGCUGCCUGGGCACGCCCAAGGAGGUGACGGAGUACGAGACCACCGUCUGACGCCGGGGAGGCGGACGGGACCCUUCGUCUCCACGUCCGUUCGCUGACGCCGGAGGGCGACGUGCUCGGCGUUGGGUUUUUUUUUUUUGUUGUUGUUGUUGUUGUUGUUGUUGUUGCCUACGAUAUGAUAGCGAUUAGUAGUCGUCGAGGAGGCCGACGGUUGACAUUUGGAGCCGUUAAUCGGUUGCGGUCAAAGGGAAAACGUUUUGAAAUCUCAAAAGCAAAAACACUCAACUGCAACAUGUUCGUUUUUGUCAAUGUGUUAGAAAGUUGACCUUUUUGGUUGUAAAUUACAAGAAAAAGCACAGCGAGCUCGGGGGCUUAGCAGCAUCUGUUUUAAAGUCAAGCACAAAAAUUGAUCCCUCACAUAUACUCCGUUUUUGAUUGAUUGAUUGAUUGACCGAUUGGCGAUGGGAUUUGUCAGGAGGAAAAAAUAAAACGCAUGCUGCUAAGGAUGCAAAUGCCCAAUUUCUUCACAAUCAGCCUCUGGCGUGAUUUAGCCCGUUUGACCCUCUCCAAAACCAAAAUUCCGAGUGCGCUUUCGCCUGAUUUCGUCCCGUUUUGUUCCACGUUUGUGUAGAUAGGAGGCGCCGUUGCCUCACCAACUUGAUUUCAUUUCUCUCACCGGAGUCUCUCUUGCCCCCCCCCAAGAUUCUUUUGCCUUAUUCGUGAUCAGCUCACCCACGCCGACUCGGUCACUUCACCGGUUUGCCGACUUGCGUUAUUCACACAUCUUUCCUCGCGUCCUUCCUUUUUUCCGCACCGCUUAUCCUCCCUCGGUAUAGAGCUCGCGCACGGCGCCAUUUUGCCGGUCGAAAAGAACUGCUAGACAGUGUGGGGGACGUUGAACCGGAGCAGAAUAAUGUCCGAGACUUGUCGUGCUGUUGUUUGUCGCAACAGACGAGACAGAUGUUCAAAGAGGUCAUGACAUUAAUCUUUGGUAAGCCUCUCCCCAACAGAUGUUUUUUUUUUUUUUUUUAAUACGCAUUGUUCUCAAAUGAGUCCAAUGCAUAUUUAAAAAAAAACACACACAAAAAAACAGGGAGUCAUCUCCAAUGUACAGGGAAGCGUGUUGCAGCCACACAUUAACCUUCGGUAAACCUCUCCCCGACAGACUAUUUUUUUUUUUUUUUUACAUACACAUUGUUCUCAAAUGAGUCCAAUGCGUAUUUUAUAAAAGAAAUAAAUCGUCAGUCACGUAGGUUAAUGUGUGGCCACAACGCGCCAAAUCCGGCCCGCCGCGUGAUUCUAUGUGGCCCGCGAAGGAAAACGGUUUUUGCAGUUCUCAAGCGAGGGCGGCGACAAAGUGAAGCACAGCGUCGGCGCGUCCGCUCGCGAGCGGUUGUCGUUCGAAGGGAAACGAGUCGCGAUCGCCGACAUUUUCGCCCACGUCUGUCAAAUCUGCACGGCAGCUCGAACGCAACGCCAGAGUUGAAUGUCGAAGCCAAAGGUCGAAAACGUGUUUGUGACGAGACUUUUGUGGGCGAAACAUUCCCGUGUGGUUUGAUUGUUUGUUGCGGGGAGCGACAACAUUUCUCUCAUGAGGUCUUCUUCUCGGGCGGCCUGAGCAAAAAAGUGGCGCGUCACGUCCACAGGAUGAAGAAAAGGAAACAAUGAGGACUUGAGAGCUGUCAGGACUCCUUCUGUACUCAUAUUUUGUUACGUAAUCAUGUCAAGACAAAGCCUGGCUGCAGACCCGCUUCGGCCUCGGGCAGUUUUGUCCGGGGAGGGCGAAGGCGUGUAUAUUUCGUCAGGGUUCUUUUUUUUUUCUUCUUCUUCUUCCUUAUCAGAGGAAAAACGCGUUUAUAGGAAGUCAAGUUUACAUUUAAGUUCAUUUCAAGUUAUGUUAGGAGGCUGAGGCGGUUUUGUCGUAAACGCUGUCCGGACGGAGAAGUCAACGGGGAGCUCGCCCGUUCAGCACCUUUCACAGCCAAGGGAGACGUCGAAUUAUGGAUUAUGGUGCUAACCGUCUGACGCGCUCAUGUAUGAUCGAUCGAGCGCAAAAAUCUCAGAGGGAAGUCGGACCUCAAAUGCAACGCAAGAAUCAAAAAGCCUUAAAACUGGUCGCACCAGACUGUUUGCGCAAAAUGAGAGUAUCGUCAAGUCUGUUGCUUGAAUAAAGGCCCCGGACAAAGUAAAAUAAAAUAAAAUAAAUGUUUA